AUGCGAAAAAAUCAACUGAGAAAAGCAAGAACAGAACCUAUUCGAAAGUUACAAGGUGAAAAAUCUGAACAUUGGCCACCAUCGAAUAAUGAUACAUUAAAUCAAGAAUCAAAUCAAUCGAAACAAAAAACAAUUGAAACAUACUCAAUAACAUUUGAUAUCGAUGAACCUGGUUUCGAAGUUCUCGUCAACAAAAGUUUUAAUCGACUAUUAGCUAUCGUUGAGUCAAAAUGUCAGCUUGAAAAAGAAAUUAUUCAUCAUCCAAUUCAAAUUGAAAUACCUAAAUCAAAAGUAAAUCAUUCUGACGAUAGUACAUCGCACAACAAAUUACAGGAAGAUAAUUCUAAAUCAAUGAAUGAUGCUAGUAAGACUUUUGUCAACUUGAAUCCUAAUAUGUUUCAAAUAUCAUUUCAAGAUAGUACAUCAAUGAUCCAACCUUCAUUAUCUGCAGUGCAAAUGAAUUCCACAACACAAGCUGAAUCAGCUUCAAUCGUAGAUAAUAUAGCAAGGGUUGCUAUUGGCAACUCCAAAAUUGUUGUUUGUACUGCAGAUUUAACUAAGCAAUCGGUCGAUGCAAUCGUUGUUUGCUCGACACAAACAAUAGUACGUGAUAACAUUAUCGCUGCUGCUGGAGAACAAGUAAAACAUGCCUUUGAUGAAUGCUCAUCGAGCGCUACACCAGAAAUUGAAACAACAGGUGGUAAUUUACCAUGUAAACAGAUUAUUUUUCGUUCAUGGAUCUUUGAUAAAAAUCAAAUACAAAAUUUAAGACCAUCAAUAGCUAGAUUUGUUACAUCAGUAAUUUCAUAUGCGCUUCAUAAUAAGUUGACAACAAUCGCUUUUCCAAGUAUUGAUUGUGAGUCAUUAGAUGUCGAUCCCAAAUUGAUUGCAGAAUAUAUGAUUGAUGAGACCUAUCAACAAUUGAAAAAUUCCAUACAUUCUUCAUUAAUUAUUUCAUUCGUUCUGUUACCUCAACAACAAAGUGUAUUUGAUGCAUUUGCGGAUCAACUCGAGACAAUAAGAAUCAUUGAAAAUAAACCAGCUAGUGUUGUUUUCGAUAAACAAAUAGUGAGAAUUAAAUUGACUGGUUUUAACAAUAAUCAAUUGAUUGAAUAUCAAAAUAAAAUAAAACAAUUGGCUCAAUCAUAUUCAUCUAAACUUCAUCUGGCAGAUAAAGUUGAUUUAGCUGAUUGGUCUCAAGAAAACGUUCAGAAAUAUUAUGAUUAUUGUUUACAAAGACGAGUUAUACCAACAAUUGAUAUUCAAAACUCAAUUCUGGAUUUGAUAGGUCCUCAAGAUGCAGUGAGUUAUUUAAGCAUAUGAACCUAAACAGUAUUCAUUGCAGUGUUUUAUCCAGUGGGGGGGGGGGGGGGGGGGGGAGGCGGCAGAUUUUUUCCACCCUCGACAACCAGAUUGGCCGCCCCGAGAAAAGUAAAACUAAAAAAAACAAAUUUAUAAAAAACUAUAAAAAAAGUNGGGGGGGGGGGGGGGGGGGGCGGGGGGGGGGGGGGGCGGAGGCAUGGGACAUUUUGCCCUCCCGGAGACCGAGUUUGACCCCCCGAGAAAAAUGAAACUUAAAAAAAAUAAUAUCAAUAAAAUUUUCAUAAAAGUAUUUUUGAUGCGACAUUUUUGGAAUAAUUUCAACAAAUAUAGUGUCAGAGUCGCGUGACCUAAUUCUAACGCGAACAAUUUUAUCUCGCAGUAAUCAAUCUGUAACUCGGUUAUUGAUCAUCUUUCAAAGCUGAUCCUUAGUUUUUUUUUGAAUGAAGUGAACAUUUGUGUCGAUCUGUAUGUAUUUGAUCAUAAAGUAAUCAAUCUUUGUUUCAUAAGAGAAGGGAAAAUACGAGUGGAGUCGAGUUUUUUUCAAUUUUCCUGAUGUUCCUAAUUAUGCCACCGGG